GGAUAAGUACGCUGGGCUCGACGCGGCAGGCUCACUGGCCGCUUCGCUGCCGCCGCUGCUGCUCAUCAGUCAACCGUCACAGUCACUGGUACGUUGCUCUGAGGAGUUGCCGCUGCCGUUCCACGCAGUUCUGAUCGGGUCAUCCACGCAGUUUCCAACUCAUUUUGCCAGAGAAAACAGGCUGCGUACGGGUGGACCUUAAACUUACCGCGGAAUGACAGCUGAGCGAUGAACAGAGGGAUAUUCCCCGCCGAUGGCAGUGAUGGAGAACACAACAUGGCCAUACUCCGCAUACGUCCCCCAUUAUCUCCUGCGUGGUGACCCUUUUGCUUCAAGACUCUCCAAAGAGGCGGACAUCAUAGCAGCCUUUUACAUCUGCGUCAUAGGAAUUCUGUCUGCAACGGGAAAUGGCUACGUCAUUUAUAUGACCAUCAAACGCAAGACAAAGCUGAAGCCUCCUGAGCUCAUGACUGUCAACCUGGCGAUUUUUGAUUUUGGCAUAUCAGUGGCUGGAAAGCCCUUUUUCGUUGUGUCCAGUUUCUCCCACCGCUGGUUAUUCGGAUGGGAGGGCUGUCAAUUCUACGGCUGGGCGGGCUUCUUCUUUGGCUGUGGGAGCCUCAUCACCAUGACAGUAGUGAGCCUGGACCGGUACCUGAAGAUCUGCCAUCUCCAAUAUGGCUCAUGGUUAAAACGCCACCACACCUUCCUAUGCUUGGCCUUUGUAUGGGCGUAUGCUGCCUUCUGGGCCACCAUGCCACUGGUUGGCUGGGGGAACUAUGCUCCGGAGCCCUUCGGGACCUCCUGCACCCUGGACUGGUGGCUCGCCCAAGCCUCUGUGUCAGGCCAAAGCUUUGUAAUGGCUAUUCUCUUCUUCUGUCUCAUCCUCCCUGCUGGCAUCAUUAUCUUCUCAUAUGUCAUGAUCAUUUUUAAAGUGAAGUCGUCCUCGAGGGAAAUUUCCCAUUACGACGCCCGCAUCAGAAACAAUCACAACCUAGAGAUGAAACUCACAAAGGUGGCUAUGCUGAUCUGUGCAGGCUUUUUGAUCGCCUGGAUUCCUUAUGCGGUGGUUUCAGUGGUGUCGGCGUUUGGCGAGCCAGACUCCGUGCCCAUCCCCGUGUCUGUCAUUCCCACAUUGCUAGCCAAGUCCUCAGCGAUGUACAAUCCCAUCAUCUACCAACUUGUGGAUCUGAAAAACUCAUGCUCAUCCUGCUGUAUCAGGGUCAUGAAGAAACGGACGCACUUUAGGAAGUCAAGGUUCUACACAAUCUCGGGCUCAUUAAAGGACACAGCACCAGCCAAAGAAGCUCACAUCGAGAUGUGAAAGAAACUUUUGAGCUUGGGUGACCUUUUAUCUCUUGUACCAUGGACAUCUUGCCUUGUUCCCUGCCCUCUGUGCACUACACCCAACCAAUCGCCCGCUGCCUGCUGAGACAUCGUCAUCUGCUCACCUCUGCUGCUGGUUCCUGCGUGUUUCAGCGUCCUCCCAUCACUGGAUACCCAUCUUUCUGGUUGCUUCUUGUGAUUAUAACACAUUAUUCCCACAAGGCAUCCCUAUAUUUGUAGUGUACACUGUUUUUCAUCAUAUAGAUCACAUGUUGUGUGGACUAUUUGAUUUUCCAUUUCCAGUAUUAGAGAGUUCUCAAAAAUUUAAUGAUUCAGGUUUGGGAACUAGAGAGUUUUCUGGUUCAAGUCACAUCUUAAGCUAUCAUGUCUCUGUGUAGAAUAUGGUUAGAAUCCCACAAUUCAGUAUGUUUGACAUUGUUAGUUAAACUGGAAACUAAAACUUCAAAGUAAAAGCACGAUUAUGUUGAUCUUUGUUGCUGUUUGUGCAAGCUGUUGGUGUUUGUAAUUUUACACGUGUGUAUUGUAUAUCAUAAAUCUAUCUAAGUAUCUGGAUAAAGCACUGGAUCACGUUAUCUCACCUGGUUAAUGGCAGUGAGAGCAAGUUAGAGAGUUCUUUCAACUCUGGUUAAUGAAAACUCAAACCAGGAAAGGUGGAGCAAACAUUAUUUACCAGCAUUGAUCAAAAAAACAUAUGAGUUCAAGGUAGAGCUCUUUUUCAAGAAAACACACACAGAAUGAGCGCACUUUAUUUCCCAAACCAUUCAGAAUGCACUGAUGACAGUUUCUUGUCACAAUUUUAUAUCUGGUCAAUUGUUGCAAAAAUGGGUUGUAUUAAUUUAAAGAAAAAGACAAUGCAUUUAUUUCUAGAGAUAACUACAUUUCAAGAUAUAGAGUUAUAGUUAAUUCAGGGACUACUAAAAUAUAUUUAUUUUUGAUAUGUUUUCUUUUUUGUUUUGUUUUUUUUGGUUACCAGUAAAAAUAAACGUUUUUGCAUGUCCUUUCCUCAUAAA